CUCGAUCCUAUUGGUGGCUGGGGUUGAGGAAGGGCUGGCACUACUCAGCUCUCCAUCUAUUUAAAGGCAAGGGUGGGGUCCUACAGCUACUUGCCUGGGACUUUUGCACCUUGGACAAGAGGAGCACCAGCCUGCGCAGCCACACCAUGUCUUGUGGACCAGUGUGCACCAACUUGGGUCUCAAGCCUGGCCAGCGCCUCACUGUCAAGGGGGUGAUUGCACCAAAUGCCAAGAGCUUUGUGAUGAAUCUGGGCAAGGAUGCAACCCACCUGGGGCUUCAUUUCAACCCCCGCUUUGAUGCUCAUGGUGAUGUGAACCUCAUUGUGUGCAACUCAAAGAAAGUGGAAGAGUGGGGUGCAGAGCAAAGGGAGACAGUCUUCCCUUUCCAGAAGGGAGCCCCAAUAGAGAUCACUUUCAGCAUUAACCCAAGCGAUGUGACUGUCCACCUGCCAGGCCACCAGUUCUCAUUCCCCAACCGGCUUGGCCUUUCAGUCUUUGACUACUUUGCUACACAUGGAGACUUCACGCUCUCGUCUAUCAGCUGGGAGUAACUCCUCACAUCUGUCUCAAAAUAUUAAAAAAAAAACAACAAAAAAACCCAAUAAAUAUGUUUUCAUCUA